AUGACUACUUCAUCCGUCUGUUCCACAACUACCGAGAGACAUCGAAAUCCUGAGAACUAUGCUAUUAUUUGGCUUGAUGCUGAUUUCAGUGAUCAGAAUGACAUACAUAAAAGCGGAUUAGAACAACUUGAGAAUCUUGCUGGUCGGAUCGAAACAUUUACUGAAUCAAAUGAAUGCAUCGAUUUCAUCACACAAGAGCUUGAUACAAAACUUCUAUUGAUCGUAUCUGAUUCGUUUGGUACACAACUCAUUUCUAUGCUCGAUGAUAUGCCACAAAUACAAUCAGUUUACAUUUUCAGUACGAACAGUGAACCAUAUGUAUCAUGGACAAAAGAUUAUUCGAAAGUGAGAGGUAUCUAUAAAGAUAUCUUGUCCCUAUGUCAAAUUAUCAAACGUGACAUUCGAAUCAUUGAAUACAAUCUCACACCAAUCAGCAUAUAUUUAAGUCGUUCUUCUACAAAUGAUCAAAACACACUCGAUCCAACAUUUAUGUAUUGUCAAAUACUCAAAGAAAUAUUUCUCGAUAUGGAGUACGGAAAAGAAGCGAAACAAAACUUGGUUGAAUUAUGCAAGAAAGAAUAUGCUACUAGCAUCGUCGGCUUACGAGUUAUAGCGGAAUUUGAACGAGAUUAUGAUAAACAUACGCCAGUUUGGUGGUACACUCGAGACUGCUUUGUUUACCGAAUGCUUAACAAAGCAUUGCGAACUCAUCACAUUGAAGUGAUCAACAAAUUCGCAUUUUUUAUCAAAGAUCUACAUCGUCAACUUGAACAGCUUCAAGGAGAUCUUGGAUCUCAAUUAUUCACUGUUUACAGGGGACAAAGUAUGUUGAACCAAGAAUUUGAGAAUCUGCAGAAGAGUAUCGGUGGUCUUCUUUCAUUCAAUAAUUUUCUUUCAACGAGUACUGAUGAAACAGUAGCCCGUGGCUUUGCCUUACCUCUCUUGGAUAAUCCUGAUAUCAAAGCUCUAAUAUUUGUCAUUGUCGUUGAUCCAAAUAUUCGUUCAAGUCCGAUGGCAUCAUUGUUUGGUUUAAGUUCCAUCAACGAAGAAAAAGAAGUUCUUUUUGGUAUGAGUACAGUUUUUCGAAUUAAAGAAAUAAAGCAAGAAGAAAGUGGUCUUUGGCAUGUGCAUUUGACAUUGACGAACGACGAUGACCCACAGCUGACUGAAUUAACAGCUCAUCUGAGAGAAGAAGUGCGUGGUACACUGGGACUGGAUAGACUUGGACAAUUAAUGGCUGAAAUGGGCGAAUGGGAUAAAGCAAAAGAUCUGUAUCAAGAAAUUCUUAAUUUUACCAAUCAAGAAGACAAAGCUGGACUUGCGCACAUACAUCAUAUGUUGGGAUACAUUGAAGCAGGGCAAAGGCACUUUGAUAUAGCGCUUGAACAUUACGAAAAAUCCGUUAUGAACAGGCUCGGUCAAAACCCCAUGAAUGAUUCGUUGUUGGCCACAACAUAUUCGAAUAUCGGCGUUGUCUAUAGGAAUCUUGGUAAUUUCAGUCAAGCAUUGGAAUAUUUUCAACGAUCUCUUCAACUUACUUCCAAACACACGAGUCCAAAUAAGAAAGAUUUAGCAACUUUGCACAAUAAUAUUGGUGGUGUUUUUCAAGGAAAAGGCGAACUCGACAAAGCUCUCAAAAACUUUGAAAGAGCACUGGAACUCUUCCUUCAAUGUCUUCCAUCUACACAUUCCCAUCUUUCAACUAUAUACAACAAUAUUGGCUUUAUUUAUGCAACAAAGAAAAACUAUUCAAAAAGUCUAUUAAACUAUCAAAAAUGUUUAUAUAUAGAGGAACAUUCCCUUCCUUCAAUCCAUCCGUCCAUUGCACAUAGUCAUCGUAUGAUAACUGCAGCACUCUUCUAUCUUGGUCAGUACAAUGAUGCACUGCAACAUGCGAAUAAAGCACUCGAGAUUAGCCGUGCCUCAUUAACAGAAAAUCAUCAACAAACAAGAGAUGAUGAACAAUUCUGUGACUUUUUGAAAUCGAUGGUGGCAUAG